AUGGCAUCAAUCGUGGAAGAUGACGACGAUCGAGAUCUCGCAGGGUCGCCGGAUGGAAGCUCCGACAACGAAAUGGACGAUACACUCAGGGACGCGGACGAAGGUGGGGGGGACAACGAGCCGGACAUAGACGCAGACGGCGACGCAGACGACCAGGAUCCAGACAGCCCCUCGAAUGCUAGCCAUGCAUCAGAGGGCGCCGGUAUAGCUACACAAUCGAAUCAAGAGACCAAGUUCAGUCCCCCAGCUCCGAACAACGCCACAUCAGACUUAAUCUCCGUUUUCCACCCGAGCGUGCGAGCAGAGUGUCUCACGGCUUCCACAUACGAUAUAGUCCCGACAACGGCUGCUCCUCACAGUACAUCGAUAAACGCUAUAACAGCCACGGCUGAUAUGAGAUGGGUGUUUAGCGGAGGAUCGGAUGGAUAUGUGCGGAAGUUCAACUGGGUGGAUUCGAUGAACAGCAAGCUGAUGUUGACCGUGGCGCAACGGCACCCGUUCGUGGACAGCGUUAUAAAGGCAGGUGUGCUGAUGACAUAUUGGGAGAACAUGGACGGCUCCGCUUUAUCACCGGUGUACUCGCUGGCCACCCAAAGCGAGGGUCUCUGGUUGUUGUCCGGCUUGGAGUCGGGUAGUAUCCGGCUGCAGUCUAUCCGGCAUGAAGAAGGGAAGGAGAUUGCUCUCCUACAGCAACAUACCUCAGCCGUAUCCGUUCUGAACUUGACAUCCGAUGAAAAGUCAUUAUUAUCCGGAAGUUGGGAUAAACGGAUUUUCGAUUGGGACCUCAACACAGGGCAGACUCGGCGUGUUUUCGGCUCGAGCGCUGGACAAAUAUCAGCGAUUGAGCUGCGUCCGGAGUCUAGUCUCCCAAUCCCUAGGGAUACCUCCGAGUUCCAACAACCCAACGGAACCUACUCUUCAAAUAAUCAAGCCAGCGUAAACAACAGCUUCGACUACAUGGACACAUCAAAUGACCAGGGCGACAAUGGUGCUUUAAACCCGCAGGCGGGAUCACCAACAGACUCGCUCUUUGGCGGAGCCGACUCUCUAUUCGGCGAUGCAGAUGGCACGGGAGGCGAUGGCCUGGGUCCGUCCACUAAUGCGUUCGGCAUAGACGAGGAUGAUGAGUUUGGCAAAGCCCUCGCCAACGGCGUUCUUCCCGACGCGGACGCACCGGGAGAGCCAGACGGCGACCCCAUGAUCCAGCAAAACGGCAUCUUUGACCACACUUUCUCCUCCCAAGAUGCUGGCGGUAUUGGGAUGGGUACUCCCUUCGCUAGCCAGCCAGUAGACUCUCAACCAGGGGACAUGUCCAAUCACCUGUCCCAGCCACUAACCAACGGCCUUCCUCACGCUGAAGAAUUAGAACCUCCCCCUCAAGAACCAGAUCAAUCACAAGCCACGCCAUUCGAGGCAACAAACGUUACCGACAACACCUUCCUCGCCGCCUCAAUAGACGGCACAAUCCGAGUCUGGGACCGACGGCAACCAUCCGCCAUCGCCCGCAUCACUCCCCAUAACUCGCCGCCCUGGUGCAUGAAUGCAUGCUGGUCCCCAGACGGGAACUACAUCUACGCGGGGCGCCGAAACGGCACAGUCGAAGAAUACAGUCUGCACAAGGGACUACGAGAUCCCGAGCGAACCUUUAAAUUCCCGCAAGGAAGCGGGCCCGUCACCGCACUCAAAGCAAUGCCUAACGGGCGACAUCUCGUUUGCGCAUCCCACGAUAUCCUUCGUCUCUACGAUCUGAAACACGAACAAGCCACCCGCCACUCCACGGUUCCCUUCCUCAUCAUCCCUGGCCACCGCACGGGGACAGUCUCACAACUAUACAUAGAUCAGGCGUGUCGAUAUCUCAUCUCCACGAGCGGUAAUAGAGGCUGGGAGGGCAGCACGACAGAAGUCCUGCUAGGAUACGAGAUUGGCGUCCCUUCUCCUCGGUAG